GAACGUAAUCCUUCGCGAGCUUCCCCCCACGGCUUGGACGUUAUUAAAGCUGAGUAAUUACCUAAUAUGUAGCUACGUAAUAGCAUUGGUUCUUCUCAUCUUCUUCUUCUUCUCAUCUCUUUAAAUUAAAAACGUGUCAGAUUCCUAUUCUCAUAUCGGGCGUUGUACUACGCCAGCCUUGCCAACGUAUAAACAUUGGCGUAACACGCCCCCCCCCCCCCCUAAUUGUAGUCGUUUGAUAUUCGUAUACGCAUAAACAAAUCUACCAACGCGUGCAUCUUCUCGGGGCAGGAAGGCGUUUAAUUGAAUUACGAUGCACCUAUCUUAGUAUAUAGCAAACACCGGCCACUUAUAGCCGGGACAACAAAGGGAUAAAAAUCACAUCGUUGCCCUAGCUAAUCUUAGGCAUUCUCUCCUAUGGUCAAAUAGUUCAGAAUUGUAGAAUUACCAAAAUCAUGGCGAAAAGCUGCUUGCCCGCGUUCCCGCUCGUUGUGUUCGGCGUCGUCGAGCCUAUUCUUCUCAUAUGGGCCUACAUCGUCGCCCUCCGCGACCCUGCCGCCUUCUUUGCCGCGCAGGUUCCCAACUGCGCCCUCCCCGUCUCGGAGCCUCUCCCCCCUCAAGCGCUAGUCCUGCUCCUGCAACUCAUCAACGUGUUCUUGUUACUAGCGGGCCUAGCCGUAGUCUGUUCCUGGACGCCGCACGCUUCCGUUGCCCGCUAGUAUUUAGUCGUCGUCGCGCUCGCGGAUUACGUGCGAAGAAGAUUGCUUGAGGGGUGAGGUUUAUGUGCCUUGAGGGAUGUUAGCCGUUGUGUGUAUGUCGUUCGAGUGUGGGAGUAUUGGUCGUGUGUUGUCGGCUGUCUUGUCAGGUCACGGUAUGUUGGAGAGUUCGGGUCAUGACCGGUAUGGGAAGAUAUCUUGUAUUAAGGGGCGUGCUAGGCAUUCGUAUUGAAGGCAAAAUU